CAACACCCUUUCGUCAUUUCAUGUGAAACAAAGGAGACUGUCGGUAUCGUAGCUGGUGUUUGUGUCGAGCAAAUUUUGUGAUUCUACCCAAUAUUACUGUGUUUCGUGUUAAUUUGUGAAAAAUUUGUGCAUCAUUGCAUUCCCCAGUAUAAUUAGUGAAGUAAAAAUUCUACCAGUGGCCUAAAUAAAUGGUUAAAACACGAACAGUUUGGCAGCGUAAUACCGGAUGAUCUAGGAAGCUGAACCGCAUAGCAGUAGAUAGAAGUAAGGCGAAAUCUUCGCAAACGCCUAAGACUGAUCGUAAAGAAAACGCAAUCAUCCAUCUCAUCAAAAUGGCAAAUUUGGUUCCAUCGUCACUGUUGCAAACCGUUCAGGAGCUGCUGACGCGUUUCUACAGCCCGCAGACGAACAAUGAAGAGAAAAAUGCCAUCGAACUGAAACUGCAGGAGCUGCAAACCACAUCCUUCAAUUGGCGCAUCAGCUUGUCCUACAUGAAUACGAUCGACAAUUCGUACUUAUGGUUUUUCGCUGCCUCCACCAUCGAGCGGACGGUUAACUACCUGUGGAAAAAUCUUAACCCGGCCGAUCAGCAACAGCUUCGCAUGGGUCUGUACGAUCUGUACGUGAACUAUCCGUGCGACGUACCAGCGCUGCAGCGCGACAAGGUGGCAAAGAUAAUGGCGACUGUCGCACGGCAGCAGUGCAGCAGCAAUGGUAGGAAUUACGAGGAGUUUGUGAACAGUGUGCUGGGACUGUUGGAGGACAAGUUUUUCCUCGGACUGUCACUUGUUGGUGCCAUCGGUGAUACCGUAACCACGAUCGAGAACUCGCAAGCUUCGACCUUCGGCCAUAUUGUAAAUCGCCACACCCCGAACAUUAUGCGGGCGCUUAACAAAUACUGUGGCUUCUUUGUCAUCUUCGUGCGGGGCGACAGCAUUCAAACCGUGUUCGACUCUAUCAAUGGUGAGCGCAAAAAUCAAUACUGCUCCCAUCUGCUGAACACCAUACAGCAGUACUUCAGCUGGAUGAAGCUGGACCGGGUGGAAGCAUUGAUGGUAGGUAAUAUAUCGUUUCUCGCCUGUGCCUGGAAUGUGAUGCGUGACGGAGCGAUCGGUGCGAUAGGGGCGUUAACCGAAUUGCUGUACCGCAAUGAAUCCCUCUCAAAAGAUGCCGGUCGUCAGUUGGCGAUCGGGGUGAAUCACAUCAUCGCACAGGAAACGCUGAAACUGUCCGAUGAUCUGUACCAAGACAAGGUGUGUGAACUCGUCCGGCAGUACAUAAAGCGCGGUUACCCGUACGAGCACGACAACAGGGAACGCCUGUUGCAUCAUCUGCUGGAGUUUACCUUUUGCGCCAAGACGCCACACGCACUGAUGGACAGAGUCAACGUGUGGACGUACGUGUGUGGUUCGCGGUACGCCGAAGACGCCGAUCCGGACCUGUGUCUGGUGGGCACGAAACUUUCGCCGGAUUUUGCACAUAAAUUGAUAAGCUGUCUGAAGCAAACGCUUUUCUUCUGCACCUAUCCGGAUCUGGAACAGCUAGACGACGAAGAACUGGAUGAAAAUAACGAAACGGAGCUGAACAGAUUCCAGAAUCAAAGCAUCGAUCUUAUUUGUCAGCUGACCCACUUCCUGAAGCCACCGAUGGCCGAAGAAUUACUGAUCUCGCUUUUGCAGCAUAACACGUCCAGCGCGUACGUUGAAGGUAACAUCUUUUUCCGUGGGAUGGCACAAUCCGUGCAUGGUAACGCGCAACUGCUUCAACGUUACGAAGACGAACGGAUGACUCGUGUCUGCAUGGCCGAUUAUAUAACGGCCUGUAACCUGAUGGCGGAACUAGCGACGGUGCUGUACAGCAAAUGUCCGAACAUUGAUUUCGCAAUGCAACAAAUAACAAUUGCCCACAUCGGACUGUUUGUCGAACUGUGCGAGGUGCUGGAUCCGAUUAUUGAGAUGUGCAGCAAAAUGGUUUCCUUCAACGUGUAUAUUUUCCCUGCAUUGGCACAACAUAUUUUGCAAAUCAAACUGUGCCUACAAAUGGGUCCCGUUACCGCCGGUUGCCAGGGCCAGGAUCAGAAUUUGCGCAAAAUUUACAACACCGUUCCGUACGAGCAAAAAGUGUUGCUGUUGACAAAGCUGCCCCAAUUCCUAUUGCAUCAGAAUAAUGCAAAACCGGCUGACUGGACACGGGUAAUAAACGCUGUGGUACAAUUACUUAACUUGUACGUGUCUGAACGGAUACUGGGACCAACAACAUGCUUGAUGGUGUUUGACGUCCUGAAGGGAGGCGCGAUGAAUUCGAAGCUGAUGCACCUGACUAAAGAGACCCGUAGCAUGGUGUACCGGGCGGUUUGCACCUGUUUGAUUAUGAUGUGCGACGAUACCGACCCGAAGUCGGCCGAACUCAUGCCAUCGAUGGUGCUGGAGCAGUACAUCUGCUUCAUCGGUAGCAGCGUGUUAGAGUUUUUGCCGGAAACCUUCCAAACGCUUCCGGCCGACCAGCAGAAACAAACCAUCGACACGGUGACGCACGAGCUGAAGCAACUGACGCGCAUAAUGCUGUCCUGCGAAACGGAAAACAGUGUCAUCCGGUCGCGUCUUUCCGCCGCAAUGUUUCGCAUAAUAGAGAAGGUCAUCACGAUGUUCCGCAGUUCGCUUUCGAUGUGCAUCUGGGCGAUGAAGGAUGCGUCGAGCUGCCAGUUGUUCGAUGUGCUGCUGGAAUUUUGCAGCUGCUCCGUAAACUCGCUCCAAACCCGCACCGAUACGCGUCUGUUGAGCGAGGUGGUGCUGCUGCUGAAGGAACUGUUCACGGUCGAGGAGAAGUUCGGUGUGCAUCGGCUGCGGUCCGUGCUAACGCUGCUAAACAUAUUCCGGAGCCUGGUGACGGAUUCGCACAACCGGUCGCUCGUACCGGACAUCAUACACGUCGUGAUCAAUGAAGUGCUUCCGGUGGUCGCGAGCGACGAGAGUUACACGGAGAAGGACGAUUCGCUGCGGUACGAGGAUGUGUUGAAUCGGCUGUACGAGGUGCUGCACGAUUUGCUGCACCAUCGCUGGCAGUACUUUGUCAGUGCGAACCCGUUGGCACAGGUUGAGCCGGAAACGCGUGCGAUCGUGCAACCAGAAGCAUUUCUGGCGAUCAUGAACGCGUACGGUUACGCGCUGCUUAGCAACAGCGGAUAUCCGACCGUGAUCGGGACGGUGCUAAAUUCGCUCGAUAGGCUGCACAUGCGCCGCAAUCUAUUCCGCCUGCCGCUGUUCGUCGACCAGCUGAUGAACCACUUCAUCAAGUCACUGCUCAAGCUAGCCGUGUCGCACGUCGGCAAUCUGCACCUGGAACAAAUCACCAAUUUGCUGUACGGAAUGAUGGACGUCGAUCCGAUGCGGCUGAAAGUGAUCGUAUGUGAUCUGGGUCUGACCCGCGAUCUAACAACGUACCACAUGCUCCAAUCAGCGGAGGACUUUCCCUCAUUCCAGAUGGCAUUCAAGAAGAUCAUCAAUGAAGCCAAAACGCAAUCUCCCGCGUGCAACAACUUCCAGUUCCUGAACUAAGUAAGGAACAGUCGGGAGAAACUGUUUUCAUUUUUUUUACUUAGCAACUAGAGAAACGUGUUCAUUGUAGCUGCGAUUUGUUGUUUUUCGUUACGCGGAUUCUAUCGCUUGGGUGUGUGUGUGUGUGUGGCCGCCUCAAAGAAGGUUAUAAGUUUCUACGCAUCUUCGGUGAUGCGACUAUUAUUUUUUAGGUUCUUGACAAAAAAAUCUUCAUAGAAGUAUUGCCACACUAUUUACUCUAUUUUGAAAGAGAGUUAGAGAGCGAGUGAGCGAGUGAGCGAGUGAGAGAGUGUUGAGAGUGAGAGCGAGAAAACGAGAGAGAGAGAGAGAGAGAGAGAAAGAGAAAAAGGGGGAGAGAAAAACAUUCAUGAGCUGGUCAGUAAACGAAAAACAACAUCAUAUACAUUUACAUACAAUUUUCCAUUAAGAAAGAUUCGCAUAUAGGCGGUUUAUUUAUUCAUUUAUUUUAUUCGCACAACCAUACGAGAAGCAGGGUAAGGAGGUAGGGAAAGAGAAGGAGAGAGAGAAAAAUAGAGAGAAGUAGAGAGAGAGAGGGAGGGAAGAAGAUAGAUAGAGUGAGAUAGAGAGAAGGAGAGAGGGAGGAACGGAGAUAGAUAGAGAAAUAGAGAGAGGGAGAGAGAGAUAGAAAGAGAUAGAGAGAGGGAGCGCAAGACAGAAAAAGGGAGAUUGGGAGAGAAUGAUGGAGCGAGAGAUGGAGAGAGCGAUGGAGAGAGAGAGAGAGAGAGAGAGAGAGAGAGAGAGAGAGAGAGAAGAUACCAAUGCUAGAACUCAAAUCAUACAUUUCUUCACAUAUACAUCUAUCUGUAUAUCAUUUAACUCAAAACAACUUAUGCAAGUGGUAUCGUUAGGCGCAUUCCUUUCUUAAAUUUGCUGCUUUUUCCCGUUAAGCAGCGCCACUCUCAUCCAAUCUCAAACUCUAAAGUUAUUUUUCGAUUAUUUUCUGACUAUUAUUUAUCUUUAUUCUACGCUUUAUUAGAUGAGAGUAAAGGACGAUAGUAACGGGGGCGAGGGGGGGUGUUCAGCGAAAGGAACCGAGGGGAGAAGACCAAUGUGUAAUGGGCAUACACGUAAAUUCCAUCAAAACGUUGUAUUGGCUCGGUGUGGACGGAACUUUCGCAAUAGCAGGAGAUAGCAUCAUACACACGCGUUUAUAAUAUGACUCAAAGAAGAGAAGACAUUAUAUUAUUUAGCUUUGAUAACUGUUAUCAUUUGUCAGAUGUUAUUAGUUUGUUUGUUCGAGCGACAUAGAUUUUCAGAACCAGGAUAUUGCAUUUAGAUUUUUGGUUUUUGGUUUAGGUUUUAUGUUUUCCCCCGAUCGAUUCGAAUGAUUUCAUCCCAUUUUUUAACAUUGUCUUUUUAUAUACAGUGACGGACAAUAAUGUAAGACCACUUCUAUACCCGUUUUUCAAACGACUGCUUUCGAUAUUUCUUCUAGGUAUAAUCAAACAAAACUUUGGCAAAAGCAUCCUCAACAUCUUAAGUUUUUUUUUCAUUUAAGUUUUUUUUUCACAAUAAUUCACAGAUCAUUGAGAAGAAAAAAAACUUAAAUUAAGUAAAAAAAAAUGUGACCUAAAAAAAUCUACCGGUUUUGAAAACAGAGCUAGACAAUGUGAAGGAUAAAAAAUAGAAAGAGUGGAUGCGCAAAACAAUUAAAAAAAAAAUUGUUCGAUUUUUAAGUUUGAUGAAUCGACUUAUGUGUUGUAUAACAUGUUUUGGUCAUACUUUCAUUAGAGUAACAAAAAGAUACUUAAAAUCGAUAACUCCAUCGGGACAAUGAUAGAAACCGUUUUGCCAACAUCUGAAACUAAAUUUUGCA